AUGAUUAUUUACUCUCUUAAUAUUAGAGGAGGCGGCAAAUUAGUGAAGAGGAAGAGAGUAGGCUUCAAUAUUCAAAGAGAGAAAGUGGACAUAACGUUCAUUCAGGAAACAAAACUUAGGGGAGUGCAGUAUCAAACUGUUAAAGAGUUAUGGGGCGAUGCUUUGGUUGAAUGGUCUCAUGUGGACGCCGAAGGUGCUUCGGGAGGAAUAUGUGUGGAAAAGGAUAAUAGAAGGAUCUAUUUUGUCAACAUAUAUGCUGCUUGUGACCAUAAAAUUAGAUUGAGAUCAUUGAGGUGUCUAUUGGAUUUAAAAAGGAGGAGUAAUGCCGGUUCUUGGUGUAUAGAAGGAGACUUUAAUUUGAUAACUUCUUUGGAGGAGAGAGUUGGUAUUUCAAAGAAGAAUUAUAGAAAGGAGAUAGAAGAUUUCAAAGAGUUUAUGAAGGAGAUGGAGUUGGUGGAUCCUCCCACAAUAGGAGGAAAGUUCACUUGGAGCAAUAGAUGUGGUAGUGCUAUGAGUAGAUUGGAUAGAUUUAUUCUUUUGGAUAAGUUCAUUGAUGAUUGGAAGGUAGAAGGCCAAACAAUAGGUGAAAGGGAUGUUUCGGAUCAUGCUCCAAUAUGGAUAAAAAUUAAUAAAAGAAAUUGGGGGCCUAAGCCUUUUAGGUUCAACAAUCUCUGGUUUAAUCAUGAUAAUUUCAUUCAUUUUGUAGAGGUGGAAUAG